CCUGACUGACUGACAGACGCUCAGCUGAUCCCUGACGGACGGACGGACGCUGAAAGACUAAAGAAAGAUGAACCUGGCUCUGAUCCAUGACAGACUGCACAUUAAGACGUUCUGGGAGAAGAGGAUUCACUGUGAGUGUCAGGAUGCUGAGAACGAGGAGCAGAGGAGGAACAAGAGUGCGCUCAAAAAGCUGAGAGACGAGUGGCUGGUGCGUCUGGAGAACCGUAACAAGCACCUGAAGAACCUUAAUGACAACUUCAUCAGGAAGGUGAAGACGGAGGAGGCAGCUGAGCACACAUGAUGAGGAGGAGGAGGAUGAUGAUGAUGAUGAUGAUGAUGA